CCAUGGUAACGUCAACAUUUCAUAAACAUUUCGAUUGUAAACAUAAACAGAAAAACCUCCGGCAGUCUGACCUGCUAAUUACGCCACACACAAUGAAUUUCGAAGAGGAAGUUCUACCACCAUUCAAGCGAGCAUCUCUAACGAACAACGCGGCUGCUAAAAAAAGAUUGUGGAAGUCUUUGAAACAGAUCACGUCCACCGAACGUACACUUCAAUGGUCGGAAGACGCCGUUACCUACAGUUCGGUGAAUCCUCCGCCAUCGUUUCGGCCGGCUAAAAAGUACUCGGACAUAUCCGGUCUGAUUGCACUGUACACCGAUCCACAGACGAAAUUGUAUUACCACAAUGCGGAGGAGUUUGCGACGAUUCGAAAUUUUCCCAUGGAUUUGACGGCCGGAUAUUUAGCACUGAGAGGAGCAUCGUCGAUAGUCGGUUGAGAGGAAGUGAUGUGUUGGCGGCUGUGUUGCAAGUCUUUUAUUUCGUCAAUUGAGACAAUUGGAUUAAGAUAAAUUGAGUUAAGUAAUUGUGAAGAAGGCGGUCCAUUUGAUUCCAUUGAAUACAGUUCAGAUGACAAUGUG